UUUUGUAUAUAUAAUAUCUUGUGAUUCUUCAUUUCUUGUAAUAACUGAGUAUAUAAGAAUAUCAUUGUGACAACUCCAAACUCAUCCCCUCUUUUCAUGGAACUCACACCUUCCUCCCUGGUAAUUACCUCACUUCUCUUCUUGCUUCUUUGGCUUGCAAAGAUUUCUAUGCAGAGAAUCAAAGGGAAGAGUGAUGUGGUUCAUAAGUUGCCCCCAGGGCCAAGGAAGUUGCCUCUAAUAGGGAACCUACAUCAACUGGCAGUGGCAGGAACACUUCCACACCAUGCUCUUCGAGAUCUAGCAUGCAAAUAUGGACCUCUAAUGCAUCUUCAACUGGGAGAAAUUUCUGCAGUGGUUGUAUCAUCCCCAGAUAUGGCAAAGGAGAUAAUGCAUACACAUGAUCUCACUUUUGCGCAGAGGCCAGAACUACUUUGUUCUAAAAUUUUGGUUUAUGAUUCAGGAGAUAUCAUAUUUGCUCCAUAUGGUGAUUAUUGGAGACAAAUGAGGAAGUUAUGUAAAAUAGAGCUUCUGAGUGCCAAAAGGGUUCAAUCUUUCUCCUUUAUUCGAGAAGGUGAGGUGGCUAAGCUCAUAGAAUCCAUCAAGUUAUCAGCAUCUUCAGGUUCACCAAUCAAUCUCACUAAAAAAACUUUCUCUUUGAUAAGCACCUUUGUUUCAAGGGCAGUGUUUGGUAAAAAAUCUGAGUGUGAAGAUGAACUUAUAUCUUUGCUCAAGAAAGGAGUGGAGCUGUCAGGAGGUUUUGAUAUUGCAGAUUUGUUCCCUUCGCGAAAAGGUAUACAUUUCAUAACUGGGAUGAAAUCUAAGUUGGAGCAUAUGCACAAGGAGCUGGACAAGAUCUUAGAAAACAUCAUCAACGAGCAUCAAUCAAACCAAGACAAGGGUGAAACUCUCGUUGAUGUUCUUCUGGGUAUACAACAAAAUGAAGAUCUCGAGUUCCCAAUAACAAACGACAACAUCAAAGCUGUGAUAUGGGACAUGUUUGGUGCUGGGACUGAUACUUCAGCAACGAUAAUAGAGUGGGCUAUGUCAGAGUUGAUGAAGAACCCAAGAGUAAUGGAGAAAGCACAAGCUGAAAUACGAGAAGCUUUCAGGGGUAAGGAAACGCUUGACGAGACUGAUGUACAUAAACUUAGUUACUUGAAAUUAGUGAUCAAAGAAACCAUGAGAUUACACCCACCUGGUGCUUUGUUGCUCCCGCGAGAAUGCAGGGAACCGUGCAAGAUUGGUGGGUAUGAAAUACCUAUCAAGACUAAAGUGAUAGUAAAUGCUUGGGCACUUGGAAGAGAUCCCAACCAUUGGUAUGAUCCUGAGAAGUUCGUACCUGAGAGGUUUCAUGACACAAGUGUUGAUUUUAAAGGGAACAACUUUGAGUACAUCCCUUUUGGGGCAGGAAGGAGAAUAUGCCCUGGCAUUUUACUUGGCUUAGCUAAUAUUGAACUUCCUCUAGUUGCAUUACUCUACCACUUUAAUUGGGAACUCCCAAAUGGAAUGGACCCUGAGGACUUGGACAUGAAUGAAACAUUUGGAGCUGCUGUGGGAAGGAAAAACAACUUGUAUCUGAUUCCAAUUCCAUAUAAUUAUGCCCUUCACUGUGAUGCCAAUGUCAAUUGAACCUUACUUUUUUCCUUUUUUUUCCAUCUCAUUCUAGUAAAGUUUGUGGAAUAAACUUUGGUCCAUUGUUUUUUUCUAUAGGCAAAUGUUAGUUGUUAGAAAUGUUAGUAAAUUAAUCCCUCCUCCGGGUUCGAACCCGGGACCCUUCACCCCACCCAACCAUUAUGUCCCUAGCUCUUACCACUUGAGUUAUCCUUCGGGGACAACUUUGGUCCAUUGUUUGCUCAUGGCAAAUCCAAUUUUCUUUUAAACUUCUACAGAAAAUUCUAAAGGAGAAUGAAAUAAAGCA